AUGCGGUUACUGUGUGUCUUCAUGGCUCUUUAUCUGGGUGUGGUUCAUAGCCAAUUUCCCAGGGAAUGCACCACACAGGAAGCAUUAAAGAAUAAUUACUGCUGCCCAUACUGGAAAGAUGGCAGCCGCUGCGGCUCGCGCUCUGGGCGUGGCCAGUGUCGUGACUGGGUAGUAGUUUUUCUAUUUCCUCUAAGGAAAGAGCAAGCUUACAUUCGCCAAUAUGAUGAUGAUCGCUUGGGCUGGCCCCGGAGCUAUUAUAACCACACCUGUGAGUGCUUUGGAAACUAUGGCGGCUUUAACUGCGGUGAUUGCAGGUAUGGUUUCUUUGGAGAAAAAUGUGAGCGACAAAAGAUUAAUGUUCGGAAAGAAAUUCGGGAACUCUCACUUAUUGAAAGGAAAAGGUUCUUUAGCUAUUUAGCUUUGGCCAAAGCCACAAAAAGCAAAGACUUUGUUGUACUGUCCACCGGAGACAGACACCACCGAGACACAUACCGCUUCGUGGAUGCCACAAUCUAUGAUAUUUUUGCUUGGAUCCAUUACUACUCUAUGAAGCCAAUUCUGAGAAAUGGAAACUUUGAUAACAGUAGAACCUAUGCUCAUCAAGGUCCGGCCUUUCCUGGUUGGCACCGGUUGGGACUCCUGUUCAUCGAGAGACAAAUCCAGCUCCUGACAAGUGAUGAAGACUUUGCUCUCCCUUAUUACGACUGGCGAGGAGACACAGACUGUUCUAUCUGUAAUGAGGAUUUUCUUGGAGAAAGUGAUAUCCAGGGGAUUCUGGAUGAAUUCUCUUGCUUCGCUUCAUGGAAAGCUAUUUGCAGUGGGUACAAUUAUAUUGAUGCCUAUUGCCCCGCAGCUGGCGAUUAUUGUCAGAUGGAAAAAUUGCACAGAAAGCCAGGCGCAGACCCUAAAGCCACACGUCUUCCCUCCUUCAAAGAUGUGGAGAACACACUCAAAUGGAAAGACUUUGAUACUCCUCCAUACAACAGAAUGUCACAGAGAAGCUUCCGGAACUGCUUGGAAGGUUUCCUGAGGCCAUCGGAUGGGAGAACGUUAGAAGAAAAUAUGCAUAACUUGGUUCACGACUACAUGGGAGGGACAAUGUCUCAAGUUGCAAUUUCUGCCAAUGACCCAGUGUUCAUAUUACACCACGCUUUUAUCGACAAAUUAUUUCAAGUGUGGAUGCAGAGAUAUAACGCAACAAUGGCAAUGUAUCCUGAUAAUAAUCAACCAGGACAAGGCCCCGCAGAGUGUGCUACGCCCUACUUCCCAUGUUACACAAACAGAGAAUUUCUAUCCCCCAAAAGUGCCGCUGGUUACAUGUACUCAAGCUAUCGGGGUCUGUAAAGAGACUUUUGCACCUUCACACAACCUUAAUUGAUAAGUUUGUACAUCUGCAUUUUUGAUUAAUGCCUUGGUAUG